CUGUCCCGUCCUGCUCUCACACUCUGCUCAGACUGACAGCAGCGAGUGGAGGCACAGACACACUGAGGGACACGACGUGACUGAGAGAGUGGGAUCUCACUGAGGAUUUUAGGACGUUUUGUGUGUGUGUCCUGGUGUGUGUGUAUUAGUGAUGGCACUCCAGAUUACACUCCCAGUGUGUGUGUUCAUGCUGUUGUGGUCAUGUGUGUGUGGCUUUAACCUGGAGACCACCGACACACUGAGCAAAGAGGGAGAACACGGCAGCUUCUUCGGCUUCUCACUAGCUCUCCACACACAGACCACCCCCCAUCAUCAGAGCUGGAUCCUAGUGGGGGCGCCGCGAGCUCGAGGUCUUGGUCACCAGCGUCACACUCACACAGGUGCACUGUAUCGCUGUCCAAUCACAGCUGAGGAGUUUGACUGUGAGCGAGUGGACAUCGAUGGAGACGUGAGCUUGGACAGAGAGAGUAAAGAUAAUCAGUGGCUCGGAGUGACUGUGAAGAGCCAAGGCAUCGGAGGAAAAGUUGUGACGUGCGCUCACCUUUACGAACUCCGCCAGCGCGUUCAUCAGGCAUCUGAAACUCGCGAUCCCAUCGGCCGAUGCUAUGUGCUGAGCGAGGACCUGAGCGAGAGAGACGACCUGGAUGGAGGAGAAUGGAAGUUCUGUGAAGGUCGUCCUCAAGGUCACGAGCAGUUUGGUUUCUGUCAGCAGGGAUUAGCAGCAAGCUUCACUCCCGAUAAUAACUACAUCCUGUUUGGAGCUCCGGGAACCUACAACUGGAAAGGUGAGAUGCGUGUUCAGCUGCUGAACCAGACAGUGCUGGAUUUGGGUUACUAUGACGACGGGCCGUACGAGGUGGCAGAUGAGAAACAGUUAAAUGCUGCGUUAAUUCCUCUUCCCUACCACAGCUACCUGGGGCUGUUGUUCAUGGCGAGCGUGGUUGAGGACGCCUUGGUGUAUAAAACUCUGGAACCGUCCAAACGGGCCAUGGUUCAGGAUGUAGCCCAGAAUAGCUACUUAGGUUUUGCGGUGGACUCUGCUAAAGGAGUGAUGCAGCACACAGAGCUAACGUUUGUGGCUGGAGCUCCUCGUGCUAAUCACACCGGUGCUGUGGUGCUGCUGAGGAAGGACAGCGCGUACCGCCUCGUCCCUGAAUUCAUCCUGUGGGGGGAGGAGUUAGCGUCCUCGUUUGGAUACUCCGUCUCUACCACCGACCUUAACCAGGAUGGGUGGACGGAUUUAAUCAUUGGAGCUCCAAACUUCUUUGACCGUAAGGCAGAGAUCGGGGGUGCGGUGUACGUGUUCCUGAACCCCGCCGGUCACUGGGAGGAGGCGCGGCCCAUCCGCCUCAACGGAACCUACGACUCCAUGUUUGGCAUGACUGUGAGCGCUGCAGGAGACCUCGACCGAGACGGCUACGCAGAUUUUGCAGUUGGGGCUCCGUUUGAUGGACAGGGUAAAGUUUUUAUUUUCAGAGGUUCAGCUGAAGGAAUCGACACUAAACCCUCUCAGGUUCUGGAUGGAUUAAACGCAGGAGUGUCUCGUUUCGGUUACUCCAUAUCCGGAGGUUUGGAUAUUGAUGGGAAUUUGUACCCGGACCUGGCGGUUGGGUCACUCAGUGACCAGGUGGUUCUGUUCAGAUCACGGCCAGUGAUCCAUGUGAUCCGGGAGGUCUCAGUGGAGCCGCAGCACAUCGACCUGACGCAGCACACCUGUAAGGGCCGAGACGGAGUGUGUGUGGCAGUGAAGGCCUGCUACAGCUACAGAGCUCAGCCUGAGUCUUACUCACCUUACAUCACUCUUGGGGUUCAUUUCGAGGCAGACACUGAGCGCAGGAAGUCUGGGCUGCAGCACAGAGUUCAGUUCAUAGGUCGAAGGUCAUCUGAGCCUGAAUACAUUCAUUCUGAGGAGCUUGAGCUGAGAGGCCAAAAUCAGCCGGCCUGCCAGACCGCCACCUUCAUACUGCAGGAGAACAUCAGAGAUAAACUGCGUCCGGUCUCACUCGCUAUCACACACACUAUCAAGAGGACACGACAUGAUGGACACGGUGGUCAUCACACACACCAGCGUCUGGGUCGUCUCACCCCUGUCCUGAGUCUCACCCCCCAUAACACACUCCAUUCUGAGGUGAACUUCAUCAGAGAGGGCUGUGGUGAUGAUAACAUCUGCCAAAGUAACCUGAAACUGACCUACAGAUUUGGGACACGACCCUCAAUUUCAGAUCUCUUCACUGCUUUACCAAUAGGGGAGGAUGGUGUGCCUGUUUUGUCUCUUUCUGAUCAGAAGUCAGUGGUUUUGGAGGUGACAGUUACAAAUAUGCCCUCUGACCCCGCCUACCCUGACGAUGAUGGAGAUGAUGCCCACGCAGCUCAGCUCACACUCACACUGCCACACACACUCACCUACUCCGGGGUCAGGGGUCAGGUGGUGUGUGAGGCGAAUCAGAAUGGCUCUCAGGCGGAGUGUGAGCUCGGAAAUCCACUGAAGAGAGAUGCUGUUUUGAUGUUCUACAUUAUUUUAAGCACAUCAGGCAUCACCAUGGAAACCACUUCUUUAUCAGUUGACCUGCUGAUGUCCACGAUCAGUGAGCAACUUCACCUGUCUCCUGUUACAGCUCUGGCUCGAGUAGUGAUCGACCUUCCUCUCACUGUCAGCGGAGUGGCUCGUCCUCAUCAGCUGUUCUUCAGUGGGAUGGUUCGUGGUGAGAGUGCAGUGGAGACACUGGAGCAAAUAGGAAGUGAAGUGGACAUUGAUUUCACUGUGUCUUACAGUGGUCAGUCUCUGCAGACACUCGGCUCAGCGUUUCUUAACAUCAUGUGGCCUCACGAGCUAGCGAAUAAAAAAUGGCUGCUUUACCCAACGAGUUUACACUCGGACCAUCCACACACACACUGCACACACCGCGCAGCACUCAACACACUCGACCUCAAACACACACUUCAUACACACUACACACACACUCAGCAGAUCAAGGUUCGGAAGACGCGCUCAUAUCCUGAGGAGGAAGAACAAACGCCGAUGAAGAACAGUAUUAACCACAACACACCCGCUGUCGCUGCUAACGAGAGGCGGAAAUCCCUCAAACUGGACUGUGUGUUAGGUUCGGCGAGGUGUGUGGUGUUUCAGUGUGCGUUGCAGAAUUUCUCCAGUUCUGUGAAGUUCACAGUUAAAGCUCGUCUCUGGAACAGUACCUUUAUAGAGGAGUUUUCGGCGGUCAGUGUGUUGGAGGUGCUGGUCAGAGCAAACAUCUCAGUGAAAUCAAGCAUUAAACAUCUGCUGCUCAGAGACGCUGCUGCACAGGUGUCAGUGAUGGUGUAUCCUGAGCUGAGUGUGUUGGAUCAGCCACAAGUUCCGUGGUGGAUUAUCCUGAUUGCUGUGUUGGCUGGUGUGAUUGUCCUCGCUGUGAUUGUCUGCAUCUUGUGGAAGAUGGGUUUUUUCAGGAGGUCUCCCUAUAAGGACAGCGUUCCUCAGUAUCAUGCAGUGAGAAUCCGGCAUCAGGAACGUUCUCACCUCCACCCUGACCUCCAGCCAGAAAAACUCCUCAAACCUGAAAAACCUCAGAAAUCACACACCAAACAGUGGAGAACACGGUGGAGCGACGGCACACACUGACACACACACACACACACACACACACACACACACAGAUUUACUUUAGCAUGUGCUAAUAAUCAGUUAAAUGAUAUUAAACACACACAACAGCAUUAUAGUGGAGACUUCAGAAUUCCAGAAUUCCCAUGUGUUCCUCAGGAGGCUGAAAUGGGACGUGUCUUUAUGCUGAGAUUUAUGGAAUAGUUGAAGAGAUCAUGGUCUAUAUAUGGAAUUUUGGUGUAUCUUUGAGGGCAUUGAGUAUGUAGAGGAUGUGGGUGUGUCUUUUUGUGGGUGUGUCUUUUUGUGGGUGUGUCAAAAUGAGAGUCCUGAAAAAAAACCUUUAUUUAUCAUACCUACAUUAAAGCAGCGGUGGGGAGGGGGGUGUUCGUGGGAUUGCGAGACGGUUUGAAAAGAAAUAUAUUUUAAUCUUAAGAAUAAAUAGUACAAAUAAAUAUUUUCUUAUUAUCAAAGACAGAACUGACGAGUAUUUAAAAAAUCAUUUUAAAUAAUUAAAAAAUUUUAAAAUCACUGUGACACGAGGCUCAGUCUGACUGAAAACACACCACUGCAUGUGGAAAACGUGACCACAGAAAUAAAUACAUUUAUCAUUCACAAAUCUAGAAAUGCUGAGGAAAUGAUGGACACUCUGCCCGAGUCGUCUGGACCGUCCACUCCUACUAACACAUAGCAGAAAGAACUCAUCUGAUCAAAGUAAGAAACAUGAAAAAUUAAGCAGAAUUCAUAAAGUCUGGGUUCACUGCUCUGUUGUUGAUGCUCUUCAUCAUCCUCACGGCAGAAUCUGUUCAGAAAUAUGAAGCCUGGAAAGUCUUCUGGAGACAAAACUCUCAUGUUGAAAAACCUAGAGAUUGUUUUCACCAAAAACAGAAGGAAAGAGUCAAAAACACAACAAACCAACAUAACUGCUAAAAUGCCCUGGAGGCAUCUUAUGAUGUGGCACACUUAAUAUAGUGGUCCAAAAAGUCGGACAUGGCCGAGAAACCCCAUAAAGCUGGCUGCUGUGGCUCUGUGUCUGACCAUAGAUGCCGAGAAAAGAGCAGCUUUUAACCUUCCCGAUGUUCAGUAACACACCGAGUAUACGGCCAAAGACAUUAAGAAAGGUUCGGCUAAAUAAAGCUGAUAAAAUGAUUAUUAUGAAGUAAUUAUAGUUAAAAUGUAAAAUAGUAAAUAUUGUUAAAAUGUUGUGAAAUGUUUAAAGCUGGUAGUUUCGUUUGUGUGUUUGUGUACUGUGGAGUCGCGAGUUCUUAUCGAUCUUAAUCUGGAGAUCAUUGGAUUAUGAGUUUGAGAGCCGCUGCAUUACAGCACACUGAUUUAUUUUCUUUAUUCCAGCUUUUAGGAAGUCAUGGUCAGAGGUCAGUGUGGGUGUGUCCUUAAGACAUCAUGUGGGUCUUAGGAAACACUAGGAAAGGAGAGAAGUCAUUAGCAUUCUAUUAGUGUGUAUGUAUAGUUAGAUAUUUAUGGAGGCGUGUUUUUUUUUAUGUAUGAGCAAGAUGGACACACCCACUUACCCAUAGACAAACCCUCCUCUGUUGGACAGAUAUGAGGAAGCAUGUGAUCUUCUGGAAAACCCCAAGUGCUCUAAUUCUAAGUCCACAAGGAAACAUCUCUCAGAUGCAAAACUGAAAAAGACACUGAAAACUAUCAUCAAUUCUAAAAUUAGCUUGUGGCUGUGUUUACACUUAACAUAAAAGCUGUAUGUUCAAGGAUAACACACACACACACACACACAGACACACACACACAUUAUAAAUGUAUAUCUAUGCUGCUGUGUGGCACCUUCUUUUUUAUUAGAUGAAUCUAAACACUGCUAUAACACACAUCCAUUACACAUGUGCUAAUUUAGCUAACAUGCUAGGUAAUUGAACGUAUACUAUAAACCUUGAGAUUCUUCUGUAGCCUCAUCUACAAUCAUUUCUAUUGAUUCAGCUCAACAAUUCGGGUCCUCUUUAGCCGGAAUGUAUGGGAAUAUUUUCAUUACUAAAAGUUUGGGACACAGCCAAAGUGUUUUUCAGGAAAUAAACAGCGGCUAUGUUCCAGAAAUUCUGUUUUUCUGUUAAAUCAUCGUUGAAAUAUUCAGACUUGUUCACAUUUUUAUUUUUUAUGGAUUUUCAUGUUUGAACCUCUAACUAUGUGUUUUUUAGCAAUGUCUUCUUUAAUUCUUUUCUGUAUAUAAAUGGAAAAAAAGGUGAGCUGCAGGUUUCAGAAACUCUUCUUUACAGCUCUCUGUAGUUUGUGUUUUAUUUAGUGCCUUACAGGAGCAUCACUGACUCUAUCAUUAAGAUGAGCUUUAUUUCCUGUCUGUUUUAGACAAAUUAAAAAAAUUAAUAGUAAAAUAAAUAUCCAGUAAAAAGAUUUAGAGCAGAAAAACACAGCAUGUUGUAAUCAUGAAGGUUUUGUGAUGUUGAUUUGAUGCUCACGUGAAUUAAACAACAUUAU